CGUUACGGUCGGUGGGGUGGGGAGAGCUCAAUUCAAUUUAUUUAUCUAUAUCGAGCAAUGGUGGCACUGUUAUGUUAUGACCUAUACUGCUUCAUUGAAUCGAAAUAAUUGCGUUACAAUUUUUUUCUCCCGUGUGAUUGAUGCUGCUGAAUGGAAUUUAUCCAUUGCCAUCCAGGAGCCCAACGAUUUAUCAAAUGGGUUGUAUAAAUAGUGUAAUAGUGUGAUCUUCGGAAUCUGUUGUUCCCGUUUGGAUAUUGGUGACAAAUGUAACCAGUAAUACAAAUUUUUGCCUGAAAGUUGUUAUAUAUAAAACUACAAUGUUGUAUGUAUUCCAUGUAGACGCUGGUCAAAUGACCACCUAUGACAUGAGCCUGACAUUGGAGACUGUGGGAACUUUAAAAAUGGCCAUAGAGAGAAAAACUAAGAUAUUAUCAAACUCUUUGGUGCUCUUGGUGAGUGGUGGUGAGGUACUGCAAUCCGAACAUAUGGUAUCAUCAUACAGCGCUGGAACAGAUACAAAUCCUAUAUACAUGUUCAGCAAGCCCUCUGUAAGAGAUAGUCUUACAAAACAAUCUAUGUGCGAUUUGAGCCCAAUAGCGGAAUUAGGAGCCGGUGAGUCUAGAAGUGACAGUCGUGGUUUUGAUGGAAAAUCUGUGGAGGACCUGAAGGCAAGUGUAGAGUCCUGCCACUCUAUGAAAUUAAAUGAUAUAAACACUGUGAUUUCAUGCGCAAGUCUGGCUCAGAAGUUUAGUGACCUUGCACAUGAGGUAUCCAGGAGCUGCCAGCAUCUGGUUCAUGAGCAGCAUUUACAGCAUCAGGGAUGGGCAGCAGUUGUGGCCAAUUUGGAGGACAUAUACAAUGAGUUUUGUGAACGAUCGAGGAAUUUCAAAGAGUCUUUUAAGAAACAUCGUCAGAAAAAGGAGGAGUAUCAAGAGCAGCUGAACACACUUAGCGAAGUGUUGGAGUCCCUUGGCAAGAUUCCAAUUCUAUCCGCCCUCCAAGUGAAUGCGGAGGCUCAUCGUUUCUCGGGUUUUGACGUUUUUGAAGAGACUUUCGAAGGCCAGCUGUACAGGGUCAGUCAACCGCUAGACAACAGCUCAGAGAGAUGCCAAGAUUUUGGAGUGGAAGCUUUCAAAUUAUCUGAAGAGGAUGUUUUUGAUCAAAAAGAUGCAUCGACAAGUAAAGAUGGAGCCAUUGUACAGUCAGAACCUGCUCCGCAAAUCGAAGAAUCAGAUGAAGGAGAUCGUUUCGACGUAUACUCCUACGAAAGUAAAGAGGAGCCGUCGCUUUUACAUUGGAUACUGGCGCAGGGCAACAAGGCAUCGUUGCAAGAUAUAUUGGACUAUUGCGAGAAAGGACUCGCUUUGAUCGAUGUGGAACCUCUUAAAGAACAAGAAGAGGAACUAUGCCGAAUUUUGGCAAUGGCAAACAUGUAUGGACUAAAGCAAAUUAAGGGCAUAGAGGACCGGCUGUAUGGACUCGAUCAGUUACUCAAUGAGGUUAAGAAAUUAGAGCGAGACCAGCAUGAUCAGGCCGCAUCACUAACUCAGCACCGUGAACGUUUGAACUCGACGUGCGAUCAGUCUGUAUUGCCCACGCUAGUGCAGUCGCACUGGUGUCAGCUCGAGAAGUUGCUCAAAGGACACCAAAUGUUAGUCGACAUUAGACGUCGGAUUACCAAAUCUAAGGAUGAGUUGUCGCAUACACUAAAAGCAAGAUUAGGAACGGUCCUGCGCAUCGAGAAUUCUAUGUCAGUGCAGGAUGCGCACGCCAUGCUGUCGUUCCAGUGCUUCAACCGGCUCGCGAGAUACUUCAGUAUUGUCGCACAGCUACAUCGCGCUCCUUCUGUGUUUGUACGCGCCGCCCACGAGGUUGCACGACGUCGAGCUUUCUCCACUGCAUUUUUACAGUGGGCAACGGAUCUGGCGGCGAUGUUGCAAAAAAUCCACAACGAAGAAGUCUGCCGACGGCAGGAGUUCAACAGCGUGUUCGAAGGCCACUUCCUGAACAAUUUAUUCCCGGGUAUGACGGACUUGCCGCCCCCGUUCGCAACACAGGCUCCGACAGCUUUUGAUGCGCGCCUACCGCAGCUAACGGCUGAAGAUGUGAAGAUCCUCGCUACAACUCUCCCACACUUGACUGCCAACGUGCCCACUUAUGAUAUGGAAACUACUCUUAAAUUCUUUCAACAGAGGGUCCAUGUGUUUGAUCAAGAGGAUAAAGAGGAAGUUAAUGUUGAAUUAUGUCUCGAAGGGACUAUUGAAUUGGAGACCGAAACAGGAGAUUUCGAGAAGCUAACCAACCAAAUAGCACCGAAGGAGACAAUGAACACGUCAACCACAUGUGCCCCCGAGAUGACAGCAGUGUCGACGGUGACAGAGGACAAUAUGGAUACUCAUAAAAUAAACAUAGAAAAAUUAAAUGAACUACUCUUUAAACUAUGUGGAUUAUUUAGACAAAAUAUAUUAUACAUACGAGAAGAAUUAUAUAAUUUAAAAACGGAAAUUGAUGAGCAGAAGAAAUUCUUUAGCAGCAUAAAUUUAGAAUUACUAAAUAAUUGGAAGCGCAGUAAUGAGGAAGCCGAUCUUAGAUUUAGGGAACAAACCCAGAGGUUGACUGUUGACCAUGAGUUAGAGUUGAGUGACAUGAAGGCAGCUUUGAAAGAAAAAGACGAUAUGAUUGACUUACUGAAGAAAGAGAAGGAAAAUAUAAAAUCUGAACAUCAGGAAGAACUAGAGAAAGUGGAUAGAGAACAUCAGGUUACGAAAGAGGUUCUAGAAAAAACUCAACAAGAGAUUAGUGAGUUUCAAAUGAAACUUGAAGAAAUUGAAUUGAAUAAGCAGAAAGAAAUUAAAGAUUUGCAGGAGAAGAUGCACGCAGAAUAUAAAGCAGAGAUUGAGUCCUUGCGUUCAAGAUUCCGUCUGGUCGCCUUGACUAACAUGGAUCGGUCGCCAUCGGAGUCAAGUCUGGAGAAGAUCGAGCGCACAGAUAUGAUCGAGAUCACAAGUCACAAUGCGAUAGUGAUGCAGACCAAGGAGAAUGCGGAGGUCGAGAAGGAGGAGGCCGUAAAAGAGGCAGUAGCCAAAUGCGAAGUUGAAUGGAGGCAGAAAAUGGAAUCUGAACUGGACGUAGUCAAAUCCAAGUAUGAAGUUGAGAAACAGGUGACCAUCAACGACGUUCGUGGCCGACUGUUGUCUGAGAAGGAUCGCCAGCUGGAGGUAUUACGCGAGCGUGAACAAGCGCUGGUACGCGAGUGCAAUAAGUACAGAGAUACUAUACAGCAGCUCACCGACCCAGAGACCAACGACUAUGAUGCGCUGCUUAAAACACAGUUCACAUCACUUGAAAAUGAGAAGGCACUUCUUCAACAACAACUUGAGGAACUGAAGAAGGAAUUAGAUAAGAAAACUGAAGAGGGAGAGAAGAAAGAAACAAAUAAAGAAGAAGAUGUUUCCAGAGCCGGGCGCGGAUGGCGCGGAUGGCGCGGCCACACGCCGCUGGGGCUGGCGGGCGGCUCGCUGAGCCUGUCGUCGUGCCUGCCCGGACACACCGUGCUCGUACUGUGGGACCCCGCCCACCACAACUACACAGUCAUGCAGGAAUCGUCGACUAUGUACUUCGUGUACAGUGACUGCCUACCGUCCCUCGAUCUCAGUAUACAAGUGGAUAACGAAAGCGAGAGACGUCUCUACGCCAUAGCUACUGUUGAAUCCAAAGAAUAUUGUUAUGCGAAGAAGAGCAGUAACCGGUACAGCAUGCCGCGCGGGUCGCGGUUCUACCGCGUCCGGGUGCGACCGCCGCGCCCGCACCUGCCGCCGCCGCCCUGCUGCCCCGCCGCCGCGCCCCCGCCGCCCCCCGCACACACCGCACCCCCCGCACACACAGCACACACCGCGCACACAGACGUCACACCCAAGCCAGAUAAAAAGAAAAGCCGGGUCCUCUCCGUGAUCGGUGAAAAUCGACCGGUCAAGAAAUGGUUGACCUACAUGCAUGCACCAGACAUACAAAAGCCGGCAGAGCCGAGUCGCAGUGAGGUAGCUACUGCGACGCUCAUAAAUCUGGAGUCGCCGGUGGCGGCCGCGCCCGCCGUCGGGACCGUGGACACAGAGCAGUUUGAUUCCAUAGAGACUAGCGACCAGUGGCAAACUUCCAAGAUGCAGAUGUCCACCGCUAGCACUUUAACGGAUAUGGAAUGCAGCGUAGGCCGUUGCCUGGGCCCCGAGCCCUCGGAGCAGACAUUACGCGCGGUGUUGUUGGGAGCGAGGGCGGCGGGGCCUGCCAACGUGCCCGAGGCAGAGGCCGAGGCCGAGACCGAGGUCGCUGACCCGGAGGCGGGCCCGGCGGAGUUGGCCGAGGAAGCGGCGCCCUGACGGCCCUGCGGCUCCGCCAUUUUGCCGUGUCGCAAGUCGUGAGACAUCGUGCAGACUCGGAUAUUACUUACUUGGGCUGGUUUUGUGUCCAUUUUAAAUUGUUUAUUCACGGGUCGGUGAAAUCGCGAUGCCUAAGUACGUUACGAAUGUCGUGUCGAUACUUUAUUCUCAGCCACCCAUUGUUUGUGGUGGCGAUGUCGACGUCUUGUGAUUCGAGGGUUGUAGAUGAAUGUAACUUAAAUUAAUAUCUCGUUUGUAUAUUUUGACGGGUAAUAAAACAAUAAAAAUUGCAGUCUACAAAUGUAGACAUGCAUCUGUGUGCUGAUGUUUCGUGCUCACAUACCGAGUGUAUAGCCACAACCAAUCAGCAUGCGGCACGCAAAUCGGGCGCGUUUCAUAUCUGAAUCUCACCGAUCCGUGAGCGAAGGCUCUUACCGACUUUCCGAGCAUUGAUUCACUUAGUCUUCCACGGUUUCGACUCAUAGGGACAAUUUUUCAACUCUAAAACUAUAAUAUCAUACAUGAUGUGAAUGCACUCGGAAUCGCGUCAUGAGUUCCUCGCUACAAAUAAUACGUAUGUGAUUUUAUUGCGCGAUAAAUAUUUAUAUUAUUAUAUUUUCAUGGUUAGAAUGACUGAUUCAGUUUAUGAAGUCUCCUUCGAUUCGAAUUAUUUCAUUCUCUACAAUAGUACAAAUUUAUAUAGUCGUCAUAAAGCUUUAUAUAUUUUAUUUUGCAAUCUACGUUUACUAUUUUAAUUUUAUAUUGCGUUGUGUUUGUGUGUAAGUUCUUUUAUAAGUUAUCGUAAUUAUAAUUUGUGAUGACCUAAAUUUUAUUUUAAAUUAUGUUCGGCUGUUGUAAUGUCAGCGCACAGGAGUAUAGAAUUCGUGCUGUAUUAUUAUCCCAUAUAAUUAGAAUAUUAUCGAGUAUGGUGAUUACUGAUGGUAUUAAAAGGAUGUUUAGGAAUGUAUUAGAUCUUAGAGCCUUGAUAAUUCUUAAUAUUGACAUAAUUUUUAAGUCUGUUUACUUGAUACAGUCAUAGUGAUUACUAGUUGAAUAAUCGAUCCCGAUAUUAGGAAUUUCUAUUACAAGCUAUAAAACUUAUUACGUAAUAAGCUUUUGCAAUUGAUAACGCUUAUACACGAUCUCGAACUUUCUUGAACUUUUUAGCCACUAAUGAAUGAUAUUGACAAUCAAAUGGUACUCUCUUGGAACUCAUUAGUUAUAUUUUCAUAAGAAAUGAGUAAUUAUAGUCGUAGAUACGAAUUUAUUACAACGUGAACACAUAUUUCCAUGAUGACAAAUAAACUAAUAUAUACAAGUAAUAAAAAGCACACACACACAGAUAUUUGCGUCCGUAAGUUGUUUUAGCUGUUCUUAUAUUAAUAAUAAAUGUAGAUUUGUUAUUCGAAGCGCAAAUUGUGAAAUUAUGUUGUAAAAUAUCAAGAUAUUGCUUCGUGUUAGGGUGGAUUUAGACUAAUGGAAACGAAAAAAACUCUUCUUCCACUUCAUAGAUCGUAUCACACUUAGAGCAUUUUAUAGUUGCUCAACUACAUUCGCGAACAAUUUUGUACGUCAUUCGCUUCGUCUAAACCUAUUAUUUAGUGAUCUGUUCUUGUCCUGUGGUCUUAGUCUAAAUCCACCUUUAUAUUUGUUUGUGGCCUUAUUAUAAGUGGCGCCCAACAUGGGGCUACACGUGCCUCCGACCGUACUUUCAGAAUAUAGAACUUUCUGGAAGUACUAUUGGAGACGCCGUUAUCGGCUUGUGCCGAGUGCUGUGAUAGUGCGUGCUGUGCUCACCUCAAAUCAUAACGAACGGUUUUAAAAGUACAAAGCUAGAAAUUCUAAAUAUAAUCCGUACAAUAGGGCCUAUCAUUAAGGACAUUAUAAUAAACAAUUGUUGCGUUGCAAAUAAGCCUGUUUUGUACUAAUAAAACUGUUUGGAACUGUUGACUUCAGCAAUAUUAAAUUUUUUAUAAUAUGUAUCGGUGUCACAAUAAUGCUUACUGGCGACAUGUGCCAAUCACUGAGAGAUGUAGCAUCACUGGCAUGUAGAUUCAUAGUCGACGAGAAAUGAUAAGGUAUAAUAUAAAUUUAUUAAGAUUACGAGUGAUUAAGUCCAUGUAACAUGUUUAAUGUAAUGAGGCAACAACUAACUAUGUUGCUAUUGUACAUAGUUGUUUGAUGAAGUAUAAAAUAGGGUCUAAUCACUAAGUUUUACAAAAGCCAUGUUUUAUCCGGUCACAUGUUCGAUUUAAAAUUUGAUGAAGUACGAUUACGUAUAAUUAAGUUUUUAAGGUUAGCUUUAGCCAUUUGACUUUGUAUGUUGUUCUCUGAGACGAAUUUAUCUGAGUAAAACAGUUGUAGGAUACACUGAGAGAACACCAUGCGUUGCUGAUGGUUUGGUCGUUUGUGCUGGAUAGUCAUGUUAGACUUAUGUAACGAAAUCCUCAUGGGUUCUCGCAUCGUUAAAAUUUUGAUCGUCGUGUCAUGUUAUUGUGUCAUACAGACAUUUUUUGGAAUGUUUUGCGAUUCACAUAUUGCGUAAUAAUAAAUCUACUGUGUGAGAUUGCUUUAUGGACUAUUUUGUAGUGACCAAUUUUAUCAUACACAAUAAACAAUGUAAAAUUGAAAAUUUUAAUGUAAUUUUUAUAUACAAUAAAUAGACCA